AUGCAUUCUGUUAGGCAAGUGACGCGUUAUCACGCACGCACGGUCACGAGUUCGAAUCCCGGACCAGUGUCCGCCUUCUAUCCUUCCAGGUGUCUCUCGUCGGCGAUGGGCAAUCGCCAAUCGGGCGUAUCGCCAACGGUUGUCACACGACCAAAACGAGGGUUCUUCCAGAAAUUGUUCGCCAAAACUCGACUCGACGCUACCGCUCUCGCCCAAACAUGUCCUCCACCGGUGAGUCAUUCGGUAAUCGUUGUGUUGUUCUCUUCUUUGUCACCAUUUCCACCCAGGUGGUAG